AUGGAUGAAAAAAAUGUUAUACAAUUAUCAAGAAAUGAAUUAAAAGAAAAAAAUGAUCAACUAAAUCAGCAAUUAAUUUCAAUGCUACAAUUAAUACCCGAAACAAAAAUAAUGGAACAUGAAAAGAACAAUCAAACGAAUGAUUUGGAUAAACUUUACAGGGAAAAUAGAUAUCUAAAAGAAAAGAUUAAAAAUAAUAAUGAUGAAAAAUCAAUAUUAUUAAAACGUUUAUCAACAUAUCAGGAUAUUUGUCAGAAGAAACAUCAGAAUUCUUUAUUACAACAACAACAACAACAACUACAUUCAAAUCAUGAUGUUCAAAUAAGUAAUUGUGAUAUUGCAGAUCAUUAUCAUAGCCAAUCAUCAUCAUCAUCAGCCGAUAACAACAGGAUAUUUUCACCACCACCACCACAACCACCAUCAUCCAUAUCAUUAUUAUCAUCAUCAUCAACAUCAACAUCAUCAACAAUAACAACAUCCAAAACUAUUGUGCCUUUUAUAAUGACCAAUAUGGAUAAUAUUUCUUUAAAACAUAGUGGUCAUAAUAAUAAUACUGAUAAUAUUGUAAUAGGUGAUGUUAUUGAUGAUGAUGAUGAUAAAACACAGACCAAAUUGAUUGUUAAUAAAAAUUCAAUGGAAAAAAAUAUCUUAACAACCACAACAACGAUGGAUCCAACGUUAUUACCAUCAAUGACAAAUAUUAUGGAUAUGAUCGCAACAACAACAACAACAACAACAACGACGACAACAACAACAACGGCUACAACAACAACAAAAUUUCAUUUAUCCGAUGGUCAUAUUAUUGAUCAAAGUGAUAUUGAACAAAUGAUUACAUACAAUAUGAUCAAUAAAAUGGAAGUUAAUAAAUCAAAUCAGUUAUAUCUUUGGGAGCUAUUAACGGCUAUAUUUCAAGGACUACGAAUAAAGAAUAUUAAUUUACAACAAGCAAAACAAACUAAUGAAACAUUAGGUAAACGAAUAGCAAUAUUGGAAAGAAAAUUGGCUGAUAAUGAAAAAUCAAUGAAAAAAUAUUCGGAUGAUGAAAAUUAUUCUCAUUCUCAUUCUCAUCAUCAUUAUCAAAGAUGUCGCCAUAAUGAACAUUCAUCGUUUAUUGAUCAAACAAAUUACAUUGGUAACAAUCCGAUUUCAUUUCAAAAACAAAAACCAAUUACAAAUCAAAUAAGAUUAUCAAGCGGUUCAAGUCCAAUAUUGACAACAAUAACAACAAAUCCAUCCAUAAUGGAUAUAGAUGUUUCAAUGAUGGAUUUAUUAUCAUCAUCAUCAACAACAACACCAUUACCAUUACCAUCAUUAUCACCAUCACCAUCAACAUCAUCAUCGAUAAUGAAUAAAAUUAAUAAUCCAAUGUUAUCAUCAUCACCAUUGAAUCUAUAUUCAAAUAAUGAUGAUGAUGAUCAUUUUGAAAUGUCCACAAUUGAUAGUGAUAUUAUUGGCCAUCAUCUUGGCCACUUCCAUCAUCAUCCUCCUCCUCAUCAUCAUCAUCAUUUUCAAAUGUCUCCGAAAAUCAAUGGUGGAAUCGAUGACAUUGAUGAUGAUGAUGAUGAUGGUCGUACAAAUUCAUUACCAACAACAACAACAACAUCUACAACAACAGCAACAAAUUUAAAUAAAGAUAUUAAGUUUUUUAAAAUUUGA